UGUAAUGUAAUGUUAUUUGUUUACUUUUGUGUCGUUAUAACCUAUUUUAUCAAGAUUUGUAAAAUUUAUAUAUUUUUUGAGAAAAAAUGGAUCUAAUUUCUGAAGAAUACAUCAAAGCAGUUAUCAACGACAUUGCAAUAACACUGAACUUAAAAGAAUGGGUUUACAGCAAACAAAACUUCGAACACAUUGCUCAAAACUACUUCGGUGUCCUAAUCCCGAUUAAUUUAAAUGGGAAAAGUGAUCUUGGGAAUUUAAAUGUUCCACUGGUAUUAAAAUUGGCACCGACGGAUGAAAGAUAUCGCAUCAGUGGUGCAGUAACAAUUUUUUUCGCCAAAGAAAUAUUUGUUUACACGAAAGUUCUACAUAAAUACCACGAAAUACAGAAGGCUUUUCCACUAUUCUCUCAAUUUGUUAUGCCGAAAUGUUAUUAUGUGCGCGAUGACUACUGUAAAGAAUUAAUAGCGUUACAGAAUAUGUGUGUAGAUAAUUAUAAACCAUUUGUUAACAGCAUGUUUUUAGAUAUAAAUCAUACAAGAGUGGCUUUAAUAUCAUUAGCCAGGUUUCACGCAUUAUCCUAUAUUUUCGAAAACCAAGACGGACGCCUUUAUGAUAUGGCUAAAGAAUUUUGCGUGCCAAUAACUGAAAAAACAAAUAAACGAUUUAUGGACAUUUUAGUAGACAGGCUUGAAAAAGCUUUAAUAAAAUUUGAUAACACUGAUUUUGUUCCCUUGUUAAAAGCUUUGAAACACAACUGUGUUAGUAUAAUUGAAUCAGCUGCCGACUCUGUAAAAAGUUUAUGCCUUUGUCAUGGGGAUAUAUGGAAGGAGAAUAUACUUUUUAAAUAUGAGGACAACUUGCCUACUUCAGCAUGUAUAAUAGACUAUCAAACAACAAGGAUUUGCAGCCCUGCAUUUGAUGUGCUAUACCUAAUCAUUACUAGUACUACUUCAAGUCUGAGAAAAAAACAUUUUAGAUAUUUUUUGGAUAUAUAUCAUCAAACAUUUGAUCAAACUCUUAAGUAUGCAAAUCUAAACUCUGAAGAAAUAUAUUCUAGGGAAAUGCUGGAUUAUGAUUUAAAAAUAGUGGGACCAGUUUGUCUCAUAGUAGCUAAUACAGCUAUUUGGCUAGCAAGUGGACUACAGGAAGAAGGUCAUGUAAAGAGCAAAAUAGUUUUAACCACAGAAGCAGAAAAAUCAAAGGCUGUGACACAGUACAAAAAUAUUAUAAGUGGCAUAAUAAAAGACUUGGCAGAUUGUAAAUAUUUAAGUAAGUACUGUGAUUUGAUCUCUUGAUUCAGGUUAAUAAA